AUGGGACUCGGGGCAAGUAAGGAUAGCAACCUGCUUCCCUGGUACUUUAAAUAUGAUACUGGCAACAAUCAGAGCAAAAUGCCUCGGACCUUUGGAGGUGACGGAGUCCCACCUCUAACUGACAAACCAGGGACUCCUAAGAUACGACUUGGCAAGCAAAUAGUAAUGAGAUGGGGAGCUAUUAAUAUCAAUGGGGGCUACUCUGGGAAGAAGGUAGAGCUGGCAGAGGCUGCAAGUAAGAUGGGGCUGGACGUUUUAGCUGUUAGUGACAUCCGGGUAAGGGGUGAGAAAGAGGAAGUGGGAGAAUACAAGGUCUACCUGUCAGGAGUCAAAGCAGGAAUAGCACAAUGGGGUGUAGGGCUUUACAUCAGGAAAGAAAUGGAACCCAGCGUAGUUGCAAUAAGCCGUUCGCAGUACCAGCACAGCAAGGCCGUUUUGGUUAAUGUUACAGGGCCAGAUCAGUCAAUCAUCCAGACUGUUGCCCCUGCAACUACUGAAAAGGCUGCUGCCCCUCUUCAGGAACCACAUGCGGUGUCGGACCUGCUGCUGGGGGUGUUCUGUAUGCCCUUCACCCUGGUGGGCCAGCUACUCAGGAACUUCAUCUUCGGCAGCGUCAUGUGCAAGCUCAUCCCAUACUUCCAAGCGGUGUCGGUGUCGGUGGCCGUGUGGACGCUGGUGGCCAUCUCUCUGGAGCGCUACUUCGCCAUCUGCCGGCCGCUGUCGUCGCGGCGCUGGCAGACGCGGUGGCACGCGUGCAAGGUGAUGUGCGCCGUCUGGCUGCUCAGCCUGGCCGCCUCCGCCCCCGUGCUGCUCGCCUCCCGCCUCCAGCAGAUGAGGGAGCCAGGCCGCCACAAGUGCCGCGAGGAGUGGCCGAGCGCGGACGUGGAGCGCGCCUACAACCUGUUCCUGGACGUGGCGCUGCUGCUGGUGCCGCUGCUGCUGAUGGCCGCCGCCUACUCGCUGGUCGUCUCCAAGCUGUGGCGCGGCCUGCGCCGCGAGAUCCGCACCACCUCCUCCACGCCCAGCAGCGAAGUGGCGCCGCCGUCUUCCCCGGGCGGACGAGCCUCGUGCCUGCGGACGCUGCGCCGCGUCGCCGACCAGCACCAGCACCACAGGCAGAGGGCCAGGCCGCCGGCCGUCGCCGUCUCCCUCGUCAUGCACGAGCGCGCGCGCUGCCUCAAGGGUGAGCAGCUGCCAACGGAGAACGGGGGUACCGUCUGCAGCGUGCUGGGAGGCCGGGCUUCGGCCGAGAACAGCGACCACUACCACGACCAGGAGCACGACCAGGAGCACGCUCACGCUCACGACCACGACCACGACAGCGGCGAGGCGGCGCCGGGCCACGCCCUGCGUCGCCAGGCCAUCCGCUCCAACUACGCACGCAAGAGCAUCGAGGCCAAGCGCAAGGUGAUCCGCAUGCUGUUUGUGGUGGUGGCAGAGUUCUUUGUGUGCUGGACACCACUGCACGUGCUCAACACAUGGUAUCUGUUCAAUCCGGAUGCAGUAUAUGCCUAUGUGGGCCGCACGGGCAUUUCACUGGUGCAGCUGGUGGCAUAUGUGAGCUGCUGCUGCCAUCCCAUCACAUACUGCUUCAUGAACCGACGUUUCCGCGCAGCCUUCCUUGGUGCUUUUCGCUGUCCCCGCCGCAGGAGGAGCACACUGUGCCGCUGGUGGGAGUCAUCAAAUUCUCCUGGACACUCACCUUGCCAGACACCCACAGCGCGAAUUCGGAAGCAAGUCUCAUGCUCAGGUACUCACACGGUGCAAAAUGACCAGACGAUGAGAACAAGUAUGCAACUCCCACCAUCACUGUUUCCUGAAGCGAUGACAAAUGAGUAACAGCUACUCAUCUUUAGUGAAACUUCAGUAACAUUUGAUGUUUCUCAAGGUAGCAGUCUCACCUACAUCUCAAUGGAUGUGACAAUAUGAAAAAUAGGGUGUAGCAUUGGUGUAAUUCACUUCAAUAUCCUACUUUGUAUUUUUAAAACAACUUUUGUACAUUGAAUAUACACAUUUAUUCUGUAUGUAGGUGGAAAAAAUACCCAAAAAAUGAAACUGCACCAUUACAUUUGUUUUCAACAGCAGCAAUAUGUGUGCAAGACUAAAAACUUCUCAGGUCUCUGGAUAUUUCUAAUCUUCACGGACGUAACUGAGAUCAAUAAUGUAUAU